AUGGCGUCGCGGUCGCGGCUGUUCAAGGAGCUGAAGGAGGCGCAGAGGGAGGCAAAGGGAUCAGCCGAUGCUGACAUCAUCCUGAGCUGUGAUGAGAGCAACAUCUACAGAUGGACGGCCCUCAUCAAGGGCCCAGCUGACACGCCUUAUUACGGAGGGCAAUUCACCCUCACCAUCAACGUGCCCCAGCAGUACCCUCUUGUUCCGCCCCAAGUGCGGUUCGCUACCAAGGUCUUCCACCCCAACGUGCACUUCAAGACCGGGGAGAUCUGUUUGGACAUCCUCAAGACGGCAUGGAGCCCAGCUUGGACCCUCACAUCCGUGUGUCGCGCCAUCAUCACUCUCCUCUGCCACCCCGAGGCCGACAGCCCACUCAACUGCGACUCAGGUGAGUGA